UUCAGGUUUCGCAAAAGGAGAAACAGGAAAAAGAAAAAGAAAAAGAAAAAAAUGUAAUUUUUUUUCUUAAAAAAUAAAAAAAUACAAAGAAUUAAGAUGAGAAAAUGGAAAACAGAAAAAAGGAAGGGAAAAUAACCAAGGACAGAUUAAUCGCAGAUCCCUUUCCACUUUCAAGCUUCAUCCAAACUCCGAUCAAUCCGUUAAUCACACAAUUUUUUUGUCAGCUGUGUUAACGGAAUUUUAUUUUAAAUUUUGAAUUUAUUUUCAUUUCCAAUUCGAUGAUUUGAUUUGAUUUGAUUUUUUUUGGUUGUGGCAUUGCUGCAAUUAUUUUGUUGUUUGGAAGAAUCGAAGAGGAGGUGGAAUCGGAUCCUAGACGAGGUUUCUAGAAGUUAAGGAUCUGCCGAUCCGGUGCUUGCGGCCGCGGCGGAUUCGACAACGUGGACGCAUGUAAAUGUUUCAGUCGAGAAAGGGAAAACGAUGAAAUGGACAUCAUUGCUACAGGACAUUAAAGGAAAGGUGGGUUUAACUCACAGUUCUGCUGCUGCUGCUUCGCCUGCUACAAGCGCUUCUUCUUCUUCAUCAUCCUCUUCUUCCAAACGAGAUGCCCGUGCUUAUCUCUUCGACUACAUUCCCUCUCCUUCGAGAGAUAAACAUGAAUUGGAAUUGGAUUUCAAGAGAUUUUGGGAAGAGUUCCGAUCAUCGAAUUCUGAAAAGGAGAAAGAAGCGGCCUUGAAUUUAACUGUAGAUGCCUUUUCUAGAUUGGUCAAGCAGCAUGCUAAUGUAGCUCAUUUAGUCACCCAGUUAGUAGAAACACAUAUAUUCUCCUUUGUUGUGGGAAGAGCAUUUGUAACAGAUAUUGAAAAGUUAAAAAUUAGCAGCAAAACAAGAUCUUUGGAUUUACCAAAUGUUUUACAAUUUUUCUCUGAAGUCAACAAGGGUGGCUUCUGUCCAGGUUCAAAUUUGUUGACUACUAUUAAAUUCCUUGUGUCGGGGCCUACUGAUAAACAGUCUCUCCUUGAUUCUGGGAUAUUCUGUUGUCUUAUACAUGUAUUGAAUGCAAUUUUGAGUCCUGAUGAAGCCAAUCAAAGGCUAAAUAUUACUGAUUCUGAGGAAUCAAUGCUAGCUGAAAAUGAUUCAGUUGUUGACGUUUGGCAAGUCCGUCGACUUGAGGUAGAAGGAAGUGUGGUGCAUAUUAUGAAAGCAUUAGCAAGCCAUCCCUCAGGAGCACAGAGUUUGAUUGAGGAUGAUUCUCUGAUGUUGCUAUUUCAGAUGGUUGCCAGUGGAGCUGUAACUGUCUUCUCUAGGUAUAAGGAAGGUCUUGCUUCACUGCACACCAUACAACUUCAUAGACAUGCUAUGCAGAUCCUUGGACUUCUUUUGGUCAAUGAUAAUGGAAGCACUGCCAAGUACAUACGCAAGCACCAUCUGAUUAAAGUUCUUCUAAUGGCUGUGAAAGGUUUUAAUCCAGAUUGUGGGGACCCUGCCUAUACUGUUGGGAUUGUGGACUUGUUACUUGAAUGUGUAGAAUUGUCCUAUAGACCAGAGGCUAGUGGUAUUAGGCUCAGGGAAGAUAUACAUAACGCCCAUGGUUACCAGUUCUUUGUUCAAUUUGUGCUAGUUCUGUCCUCAAUGCCUCAGAAUCAAGGCAUUCAAUCUAUUUAUUUGGAGCACAAGGCUGACAAAGAUAGUGAUCCAGAUGGCGCUCAAGCUUUUGAUGAUGGACGGAAAAAGGAUUUCAGAGGAAAAGAAGACCUAUCUUCUGAACAUCUAUCUCCCACUUUGUGUAGGCUACUUGAUGUUCUUGUUAACCUAGCUCUAACAGGUCCAGCUGAAAAUGAUUUCAAAUAUUCUCAAACCAAGUCCAAUGUCCAUAGCAGAAGUCGAAAUGAUGAAACUUGGGAACUGGGAAAUAAUAAAGUUAAAGAUCUUGAAGCUAUCCAGAUGUUGCAGGACAUUUUUCUCAAGGCAGACAGCAGGGAUCUGCAAGCAGAAGUGUUAAACAGAAUGUUCAAAAUAUUUUCAAGUCAUCUUGAAAACUAUAUGUUGUGCCAGCAACUGAGGACUGUUCCUCUCUUGAUCUUAAAUAUGGCUGGAUUGCCUUCUUCUUUGCAAGAGAUAAUCUUGAAAAUUCUUGAAUAUGCUGUGACUGUGGUGAAUAGUGUUCCUGAGCAAGAACUACUGUCUCUAUGUUGCUUAUUACAGCAACCAAUUACAUCGGAAUUAAAGCUCAAAAUCCUUUCUUUUUUUGUAAAGCUCCUGUCCUUCGAUCAACAAUACAAGAAAGCACUACGAGAAGUAGGCGUGUUGGAAUUCCUGUUAGAUGACUUGGAUCACCAUAAGCUGCUUUUGGGUCCAGACCGACAUGGUAACGACGACCAGUUGGAGAGGAAAUCCAGCUCCAGCACCUUCAAGAAACAGUUGGGCGACAAGGGUAUCAUUGUUAAUUCACCCAUGCUCACGGAAUCUGAUUCAGAGAAAUUUCCUAUUUUUGAAGUUGAGAGUACAGUUACCGUUGCCUGGGAUUGCAUGGUUUCAUUACUAAAGAAAACCGAAGCCAACCAAGCUUCAUUCCGAUCCUCAAAUGGUGUGACCAUUAUUCUUCCCUUCUUGGUCUCAAAAAUUCAUCGUCCCGGGGUCCUCCGGACAUUGUCAUGUUUGAUCACUGAAGAUACUUUGCAGGAUCAUCCUGAAGAAUUAGGAGCACUUGUUGAAGUUUUGAAGAGUGGAAUGGUUACAAGUGUUUCAGGAUGCCCAUAUAAGCUUCAAAGUGAUGCAAAAUGUGAUGUGAUGGGAGCCUUGUGGUGCAUUCUGGGAGUAAAUAAUUCAGCUCAGAGAGUGUUUGGUGAAGCCACUGCAUUUUCUCUUCUGCUGACCACCCUCAAUAGUUUUCAGGGUGAUGGACUCUCAGAAGAAUCUUCUUUAUUAGUUUACAUCAAACUGGUCACGUAUUUAUUGCGCCUUAUGACUGCUGGGGUGUGUGGUAAUGCCGCAAAUAGGACAAAAUUGCAUGCUGUUAUAUCGUCACAAACAUUUUAUGAUCUUCUAUCUGAAUCUGGCUUGCUGUGUGUGGAUUAUGAGAAGCAAGUGAUACAACUGUUGUUGGAACUUGCUCUUGAAAUUGUUCUUCCACCUUUCAUGACACCAGAGGGUGUCAUGUCUGCAGAUGUGGCCGAAAAUGAGUCCACUGGUUUUCUUUUGGCCACUCCAUCUGGUUUGGCUAAUCUUGAUAAGGAACGAGUAUACAAUGCUGGUGCUGUUAAAGUUCUGAUUCGAUCACUCCCACUUUUAACUUCUAAGGUCCAAUUACAAGUGCUGGACGUUAUUGGGAAGCUUGCUCGUUCUGGUCCCUUCAAUCAGGAAAAUCUCACUUCUGCCGGUUGUGUUGAACUUCUACUGGAGAUGAUUCACCCCUUUCUUUUUGGCUCAUCACUGCUACUCUCUUAUGCUUUGAAGAUUGUAGAGGUUCUGGGGGCAUAUAGGUUGUCGACAUCUGAACUCAGAGUGCUUGUGAGAUAUAUUCUGCAGAUGAGGCUGAUGAAAUCUGGUCAUAUAAUUGUUGAUAUGAUGGAGAGAUUAAUUCUCAUGGAAGGUAUGGCCUUAGAAAAUGUUUCUUUAGCUCCAUUUGUUGAGAUGGACAUGAGCAAGAUUGGGCAUGCUUCCGUUAAGGUGUCUCUUGGAGAAAGAUCUUGGCCUCCUGCUGCUGGUUAUUCAUUUGUUUGUUGGUUUCAGUUUCAAAAUUUUUUGAGAAAACAUGCAAAAGAAACUGAUCCUGCCAAAGGUGGUUCUUCAAAGAGGAAAAGUGGCUCAAACGCGCAACAUCAUAAUCAACAUAUUCUCCAAAUAUUUUCUGUUGGUUCAUUAAAUGAUGAGAAUACUCUGUAUACGGAACUUUAUCUUCAAGAGGAUGGUAUUCUUACCCUUGCGACCAGUAACUCUUGCUCCUUGUCAUUUUCUGGAUUAGAACUGGAAGAAGGCCGUUGGCAUCACCUUGCUGUUGUUCAUAGCAAACCAAAUGCUCUUGCUGGACUAUUCCAAGCUAGUAUUGCUUAUGUUUAUCUUGAUGGGAAACUAAGGCAUACAGGAAAAUUAGGAUAUUCUCCCUCCCCCAUAGGAAAACCUUUGCUGGCAACUAUUGGAACUAUGGUUACAUGUUCCAGGGUUAGUGACUUGACAUGGAGACUCCGCUCUUGCUAUCUUUUUGAUGAAGUGCUCAUGCCAGGUGCUAUUUGUUUCAUGUACAUCCUCGGUAGAUCAUAUAGAGGGCUUUUCCAUGAUGCAGACCUUCUCCGUUUUGUCCCCAACCAGGCUUGUGGUGGUGGUAGCAUGGCUAUUUUAGAUUCAUUAGAUACUGACUUGUCUUUACCUCUUGGCACACAGAAGCAUGACAGUACAAGCAAGCGGGGAGACUCGAAGGCAGAUGGAAGUGGAAUUGUUUGGAAUAUGGACAGAUUACGAAACCUUUCAUUUCAGCUAUAUGGUAAAAAAUUCAUAUUUGCAUUUGAUGGAACAUAUACGGAGGUUGUUCAAACAUCUGGGGCAUCUUUCAUUGUCAAUUUGGUUGAUCCCCAAUCAACUGCUGCUUCUCCCAUUGGGGGUAUACCACGGUAUGGGCGUCUUCAUGGGGAUAUCCAUGUUUGUAGGCAAUGUGUAAUUGGUGAUACAAUCCGCCCUAUUGGUGGGAUGGCUGUCAUUUUGGCCCUCGUUCAGGCUGCUGAGACCAGGGAUAUGCUCCAUAUGGCCCUCUCAUUUCUCGCCUGUGCACUUCAUCACAAUCCUCAAAAUAUAAGAGACAUGCAAACAUACAGGGGAUACCAUUUGCUUGCUCUAUUCUUGCACCAAAGGAUGUCGUUAUUUGAUGUGCAGUGUCUAGAGACAUUUUUCCAGAUUGCUGCAUGUGAAGCUUCAUUUUCUAAACCAAAAAAAUUGGAACUUGGUCAAACUUUGACUUCACCUACUGCAACUAUUCAUGAAACUAGCUUCGAGGAUCUUAAUUUCUCAAAGUUCCAUGAUGAAACAUCUUCAGUUGGAUCUCUUGUUGAGAUGGAUUAUUUUACUGCCCCCAAGGAUUCAGUCAGUCAUAUUUCAGAGCUAGAAAAUCCUGAUAUCCCCGUAGAAACUUCAAACUGCAUUGUCUUGUCAAAUGCAGAUAUGGUAGAACAUAUUUUACUGGACUGGACACUGUGGGUAACUGCCCCGGUUUCCGUUCAAAUUGUACUGUUAAAUUUCCUAGAGCAUCUUGUUUCUAUGCAUUGGUACAGGAACCACAACCUUACAGUUCUUCGCCGAAUCAACCUUAUUCAACAUUUACUGGCGACAUUGCAACGUGGUGAUGUUGAAGUUCCUGUUUUGGAAAAAAUAGUUGCAUUGCUUGGGAUCAUUUUGGAAGACGGUUUCCUGCCAUCUGAUCUAGAAAAUGUUGUAAAGUUUGUUAUUAUGACAUUUGAUCCACCUGAGCUGAAACCGCAGCAUCGAAUAAUGCGCGAGUCCAUGGGAAAGCAUGUCAUUGUUAGGAAUAUGCUUUUGGAGAUGCUUAUUGAUCUUCAAGUAACUAUCAAAUCAGAAGAGCUGCUUGAACAGUGGCAUAGAACUGUCUCUUCUAAAAUAAUAACAUAUUUUCUUGAUGAAGCUGUUCAUCCUACAAGUAUGAGAUGAAUUAUGACUCUUCUUGGUGUGUGUAUGGCUUCUUCUCCCACUUUUGCUCUUAAAUUUCGUGCAAAUGGAGGUUAUCAAGGUCUGACGCAUGUACUUCCUAGUGUAUAUGAUUCUCCUGAUAUAUAUUAUAUCUUGUUCUGCCUUGUAUUUGGGAAGCCUGUUUAUCCGAGAUUGCCAGAAGUUCGUAUGCUGGACUUUCAUGCGCUAAUGCCAAGUGAUGUAGGCCAUGUGGAGUUGAAAUUUGUAGAAGUAUUGGAUUCUAUAAUUACUAUGGCAAAAUCAACCUUUGAUAGACUGAGCUUGCAGUUAAUACUUGCCAGGCAAACUGGAAAUCUUUCCCAACUUGUUGCAGAACUGGUAGAGGAAAAUGCAGACACGGCUGAGGAGCUACAAGGUGAAGCUCUCAUGCAUAAGACAUAUGCGGCACGUUUAAUGGCUGGUGAGGCAUCUGCUCCAGCUACUGCUACCUCGGUUCUGAGAUUCUUGGUUGAUUUGGCAAAGAUGUGCACUACCUUCUCCGCUGUUUGUAGGCGAGCAGAAUUUCUAGAAAGCUGUGUUGACCUCUAUUUUUCUUGUAUUAGGUCUGCGCACACAGUGAAGAUGGCAAGAGAUCUUUCUGCAAUGACAGAAGAGAAGAUUUUGAAUGCUUGUGAUGAUGCUAUUUCACAAAACACAUUCUCUAGCUUUGUUGCAGAGCAGGAACAGUCUGCAAAGACUUCUAUUAGUGCUGGAAGCUGCCCUCAAGCACAGGUCAGUUCAAGCUCCAAAGAAAUGCCAGUCUCUUCAAAUAUCACGGCUGAAGAUAAAGAAGAGAUGAAGCCUAGUAAAUCCCAGAAGGAACUGGACAAAUCAGACCAGGAAGAUAUCCAUGUUAUUCAGGGUCUAGAAGGUGAUAGUGUGGAUCAGGUUUCUGCUGCUUCAGACACAAAUGAGUUCAGCUUCCAUAGCAUCAAAGGCAGUCUGGCAACUCAACCAUCAGAUUCCCAGGGUUCUCUAUCUCUGGUUAUUCCAGAUUCUCCUAUUUUUUCUGAGAAAUCCAAUUCCAAAGUUUCCUUCACGCCCUCAUCUCCUGUUAUUUCAGUGACUUCGUCGUCAAGUGCAAACCACAGUGAAUGCAAAAGUCCAAUAAUUGUGACACCUUCCAUGGACUCUUCUCUGUCUUAUAGUGCGUCUGAUCAAUCCUCAGACUUGAAGUCUGGUUCAGGGCCUACAGCUGCAAAUAUGACUUUUUCUGUUAGUCCAAAGCUGCUUCUUGAAGUAAAUGAUUCUGGUUACAGUGGUGGCCCGUGUUCUGCUGGGGCAACUGCUAUGUUGGAUUUUAUGGCUGAAGUACUAGCUGACUCUUUGACGGAGCAAAUCAAAGCAGCACAAACUGUGGAGAGCAUCUUGGAAAUGGUUCCACUAUUUGUUGAAGCUGAAUCUGUGUUGGUUUUCCAAGGUUUAUUUCUCAGCAGACUAAUGAAUUUCUUUGAAAGACGUCUCUUGCGUGAUGAUGAAGAAGAUGAGAAAAAGCUAGAUAAGACCAAAUGGUCUUCAAACUUAGAUGCUUUAUGCUGGAUGAUUGUUGACCGUGUUUACAUGGGUGCUUUCCCAGAACCAGCAAGUGUACUGAAAACUCUAGAGUUCUUAUUAUCAAUGUUGCAAUUAGCAAACAAAGAUGGUCGAAUUGAAGCAGCAGCUCCUGGAAAGGGUCUUUUGUCUAUUACAAGAGGGAUCAGACAACUUGAUGCUUAUGUACAAUCAAUUCUGAAGAAUACUAAUAGGAUGAUACUCUACUGCUUCCUACCAUCAUUUCUGAUCACCAUAGGAGAAGAUGAUCUUCUUUCCUCCUUGGGUCUACUUAGGGAAUCCAAGAAAAGAUCACCCACAAGCUCUUCACAAGAAGAUUCAGGGAUUGAUAUUUGCUCGUUUAUGCAGUUAUUAGUUGCUCAUCGACGAGUGAUAUUCUGUCCAAGCAAUCUUGAUCCUGAACUAAAUUCCUGUCUUUGUAUAAAUUUAAUUUCUCUUCUUCGUGACCAAAGGAAAAAUGUACAGAACAUGGCAAUCGAUUUGGUUAAGUAUUUACUGGUUCAUCGAAAAGCUUCACUGAGAGACUUGCUUGUCUGUAAACCUAAUCAGGGACAACAUUUAGAUGUACUGCACGGUGGUUUUGACAAGUUGUUGACUGAAAGUUUACCUGCUUUCUUUGACUGGUUUCAGAGCUCUGAACAUAUUGUAAAUAAAGUACUAGAGCAAUGUGCGGGAAUAUUGUGGGUGCAGCAUAUUGCUGUCUCAGCAAAAUUUCCUGGGAUAAGAAUUAAAGGCAUUGAGGGUCGUCGUAAGAGGGAAAUGGGAAGAAGAUCGAGAGAAGCUUCAAAGAUGGACCUAAAACACCAGGAACAAGUGAAUGAAAGGAGAUAUGCAUUGGAAGUGGUUCGUGAUACAAUGUCUGCUGAACUGAGAGUUCUCCAUCAGGAGAAGUAUGGAUGGGUUCUCCAUGCUGAAAGUGAAUGGCAUAUCCAUCUCCAACAACUUGUUCAUGAACGGGGAAUACUCCCAAUCCAUAAAACUGCUGUGCCUGAAUAUCCUGAGUGGCAACUUUGCCCCAUUGAGGGUCCAUAUAGGAUGCGCAAAAAGCUUGAGCGCUGUAAAUUUAGAUUCAGUAGUAUCCAAAAUGUUCUUGACGGGCAGUUGGAAUUAGGUGAGGAGGAGCUCUCCAAAGUCAAAAAUGAGGAUGGUCCAGAUCAUUCUGAUUCUGAAGCAAUAUUUGAUCCUUUGGAUGAUAGUGAUAAGCAGAAUGGUGUUGACACUGAGGUAUAUGAUGAAUCAUUGUACGAAGUGGCAGGUGAUGUGAAGCAUAUAAGUUCUGUUAGAAAUUAUGAGAAUGAUGACAUAGCUAGCAGUGUAAAUGAAGCUAGUCUUCACUCUGCCCUUGAAUUUGGUGGGAAAUCUAGUGCUGUCUCCGUCCCCCUAUCAGAAAGCAUACCCGGGAAAUCUGAUUAUGGAUCUCCUAGGCAGCCUGUUAAAAUUGGAGUCAAAGCUAUAGAGGAUAAAUUAGAUAAAGAAUUACAUGAUGAUGGUGAAUAUUUAGUCAGACCUUAUCUAGAACCUCGUGAAAAGAUACGAUUCAGAUAUAACUGUGAGCGAGUAGUAGGUCUCGAUAAACAUGAUGGUAUAUUUCUUAUAGGGGAACUUUGUUUGUAUGUGAUAGAGAACUUUUACAUUGACGGUUCUGCCUGCAUAUGUGAGAAGGAAUUUGAAGAUGAUCUCUCCAUUAUUGAUCAGGCAUUAGGUGUAAUGAAGGACGGUAUGACUUUCCAAUCAAAACCAACUUCAUCCUGGGCCACACCACCAAAGACAUUGGUAGGGGGAAGGGCCUGGGCCUACAAUGGUGGUGCAUGGGGAAAGGAGAAAGUGAGUAGUAGUGGUAAUUUACCUCAUCCUUGGCGUAUGUGGAAGCUUGAUAAUGUUCAUGAGCUUCUGAAGCGAGAUUACCAGCUACGUCCUGUUGCUGUUGAGUUAUUCAGCAUGGAUGGAUGUAAUGAUCUCCUCGUGUUUCACAAGAGAGAGAGAGAUGAAGUAUUAAAAAAUCUGGUUGCAAUGAAUCUACCUAGGAACAGCAUGUUGGACACAACCAUUUCAGGAUCUACAAAACAGGAAAGCAAUGAAGGCAGUGGUUUUUUUAAAAUAAUGGCUAAUUCUUUCUCAAAGAGAUGGCAAAAUGGAGAAAUCACCAAUUUUCAGUACCUCAUGCAUCUCAAUACCUUGGCAGGACGCGGAUACAGUGAUCUUACCCAAUACCCAGUCUUUCCAUGGGUUCUUGCUGAUUAUGAGAGUGAAAAGCUGGACCUGUCAGAUCCAAAAACCUUUCGCAAAUUUGACAAACCAAUGGGCUGUCAGACACUAGAAGGGGAACAAGAAUUUAUGAAAAGAUACGAGGGCUGGGAUGAUCCAGAGGUCCCAAAAUUUCAUUACGGUUCUCAUUAUUCUAGCGCUGGCAUUGUUCUCUAUUUUCUUCUUCGCUUGCCACCAUUUAGUGCAGAAAAUCAGAAGCUACAGGGUGGCCAGUUCGAUCAUGCUGACCGGCUUUUCAAUAGCAUAAGAGAUACAUGGUUGAGCGCUUCCGGGAAGGGUAACACAUCAGAUGUGAAAGAAUUAAUUCCAGAAUUCUUCUAUAUGCCUGAGUUUUUGGAAAAUCGUUUUAGUUUUGACUUGGGGGAGAAACAGUCUGGUGAAAAGGUUGGUGAUGUUCGCCUACCUCCUUGGGCUAAAGGUAGUGCUAUGGAGUUCAUCCGGAGGCAUAGAGAAGCCUUGGAAUCCGAUUUUGUCUCAGAAAAUCUGCACCAUUGGAUAGACCUCAUUUUUGGAUAUAAACAAAGGGGAAAGGCGGCUGAACAAGCUGUCAAUGUUUUCUACCACUACACAUAUGAGGGAAGUGUUGAUAUCGACGCAAUUACAGAUCCUUUAAUGAAGGCUUCCAUUCUAGCUCAGAUUAACCAUUUCGGACAGACACCUAAACAAUUAUUUCAAAAACCCCACGUGAAAAGGCGGUCUGACAGAAAGGUUCCUCCUCGCCUGCUGAAGCAUUCAGCUAAUCUUGUUGCACAUGCAAUACGGAAAAGCUCUUCUUCCAUUACUCAGAUUGCCACUCUCAAUGACAAAAUUCUUAUUGGUGGGGCAAAUACUUUGCUGAAACCUAGAACAUUUGCCAAAUAUGUCGCAUGGGGUUUUCCUGACCGCAGCUUGAGAUUUAUGACCUAUGACCAAGAUCGACUCCUUUCGGUACAUGAGAAUCUUCAUUGGGGGAACCAGAUUCAGUGUGCUGGUGUUAGCCAUGAUGGUCAGAUUUUGGUCACUGGCGCUGAUGACGGUGCGGUUUCUGUUUGGAGAAUCAGUACGGAGGGUCCACGUGCCUUGAUACGGUUAAAGUUGGCGAAUGUGCUUUGUGCUCACACGGCCAAAAUCACUCGCCUUCAUGUCAGUCAGCCUUAUAUGCUGAUUGUGAGUGGAUCGGAUGAUUGCACUGUUAUAAUAUGGGACCUUAGCUCUUUCGGAUUCAUCAGGCAGCUUCCCAAGUUCCCAGCACCUGUUUCUGCAGUCCAAGUGAAUGAUUUAACUGGGGAAAUUUUGACAGCUUCUGGAAUUCUGUUUGCUGUUUGGAGCAUCAAUGGAGACUGUCUAGCAGUAAUUAACACAUCGCAGCUGCCAUCCGACACUAUACACUGUUUGACGAGCUGCACCUUCUCAGAUUGGCUGGAUACAAACUGGUAUGUAACUGGCCACCAGAGUGGGGCCAUUAAGGUAUGGCACAUGAUUCACUACACCGAAGAAGUGCGCACCUUAAGCAAAUACACUAGCAGAGGAGCAGGAGUGUUGCAUUUGUCUAAGUUACCAGAAUACAGGUUGGUGCUUCACAAGGUGCUGAAGUUUCACGCACAUCCGGUUACUGCCCUUCACAUAACUGCCGACAUGAAGCAGUUGCUGAGCGGUGAUUCCGCUGGAAAUUUGCUGUCUUGGACAUUACCAGUGUCAACCUGAAAUAUUUUAAUCUGGGGUGAUACCGUUAGAACAACCAUAAUGUGAUUUUCGAAAAGGAAAACCAAGACAACAGAGCUGGCCAGGUAAUUUUUUUAAGAGGAAGAGGAUGGGAAACUCCUUCCAAUCUUCCAUAUAAAUGUUGAAAGUUACAAGCGUAUGUCCAGCGGCUUUAGCUCUCCAUCGUCAAAGGUGGAAAAUUACAGGGCCACGGAUUUGUUGUAAUUUUGACAGUGGAGGAUAUUGCUUUUGAAAAUAUCUCUCUACUGUUUUUUUUAAUGUAAAUAGAUUUGGAAUUUCCAGUAGUAUCUGAUGAAAUUGUAUAGCAAAAACAAAAGUGUUUGGGGAUUGCAUUGUUUGGUGGAAUUGGUCUGGCUAUUGCGGAGUAAUGCAUUGGUGCAAAAAUUCUCUUUGCAUAGUCCAAUUGUGUAAUCCUUAAAGAAUGUAUGAAAUUUUGG